AUGGGCCUCUCUGUCGCGCAGCAGCUCAGCGCCAAAGGAGCCAGCAUCAUCCUCGUUUCCCGAAGCACCGCCAAGCUCGAAGAAGCUCUCAAAACCGUCAGAGCAUCAGCAAAGGACCCCAGCCAACGAUUCCACCACAUCGCGGCCGACGUAUCCUCCCCCUCCUACGCGGCACCUCUCAUCGCCGCCGCCACAGCGUGGAACAACAACCAAACACCCGACAUCGUCUGGUGCUGCGCGGGCACAUCCGCGCCCCAGCUCUUCACAGAAAUGGAAAUGGACUCCCUCCGACACCACAUGGACGUCAACUUUUACGGCACCGCCGAAAUGUCACACGCCAUCCUGAGAGCCUGGCUCGAGCCCUCGGCCCCCGUCACGCUCGAGCCCAAGCACCUCGUCAUGACCACCUCCGCGGUAGCCCUGUACACCAUCCCCGGAUAUGCGCCCUACGCACCCUCGAAAUGGGCCCUGAGAGGCCUCGCAGACACCCUCUCGCAGGAGGUCAUGCUGUAUCCGCAGAACGUCAAGGUCCACGUCGUGUAUCCCGGGACGAUCCUGUCGCCAGGAUUCGUGCGCGAGGAGCAGGUGAAGCCGGAAAUUACCAAGAUCCUAGAAGCGUCGGACCCGAGGCAGACACCCGACCAAGUCGCCGCAGCGUCAAUCAAGGGACUGGAGAAUGGCGAUUACUUCGUCACGGUAAACUGGCUCGGGGACUUGAUGAGACUGGGCAUGCUGGGGGGUUCCUUCAGGAACAACUGGGUUGUUGAUACGCUCGGCGCAUGGCUGGUUGCCAUUCUAUGGAUCUUUGUGCAGCCCGACUUGCAUGGCAAGAUUAGAGCCUAUCGCAAGAAACAUGGGCAUCCUAGCGCGCGCACAAAAGACCACGUAGGCCUUGACGGGGGAAGAUCAAAUUAA